CAGUGUCUGCUUGUCGUGAGCUGUCAUUCUGCCCGAAGAGGAGAAAUUGGUCCAGCAUCUCUGAGCAGAGGAGCAGGCGCUUGGAACAAGAAAAUGCACUGAAUUAGUUAAUUACUUUUUAUUUUUUACCUGUUUUCGACUGCCAUGAAGGAGGAUUGUUACAGAGUGGAUUGUGUUGCAACGCACUGAAGGGUCUUGGUGGUUCGUCAAUGAGAAAUGCCGAGUCUUUUUCGCAAUUGGGGUUAACGCAGAAAAAUACAAGAUGAAGAAGCAAUUCAAUCGAAUGCGACAGCUCGCUAACCAAACCGUUGGCAGGGCAGAAAAAACAGAAGUGCUGAGUGAAGACCUGCUACAGGUGGAGAAACGGCUGGAGCUGGUGAAGCAGGUGUCCCACAGCACCCACAAGAAGCUGACCACCUGCCUGCAGGGACAGCAAGGGGUGGACGUGGACAAGCGCUCGGUCCGCUCGCCCUCGAAGAAGCUGCCACUGAGCACUCUGGCCCAAUGUCUGGUGGAGGGAGCCUCAGUGCUGGGAGACGACUCUCUGCUGGGGAAGAUGCUGAAGAUGUGUGGGGACACGGAGGACAGGCUGGCCCAGGAGCUGAUCCUGUUUGAGCUGCAGAUCGAGAGCGACGUCAUCGAGCCCCUCUACGACCUCGCUGAGGUGGAAAUCCCCAGCAUUCAGAAACAGAGGAAGCACUUAGCCAAGCUGGUCCUGGACAUGGACUCCGCCCGCACGCGGUGGCAUCAGUCCUCUAAGUCCUCGGGUUUGUCCAGCAACCUGCAGCCCUCAGGAGCCAAGGCCGACGCCCUAAGGGAGGAGAUGGAGGAAGCAGCCAAUCGCAUGGAGAUCUGCAGGGAUCAGUUAUCAGCGGAUAUGUACAACUUCGUGGCCAAAGAAAUAGACUAUGCAAACUACUUUCAGAUGCUCAUCGAAGUGCAGGCCGAGUAUCACAGGAGGUCGCUGGAGAUCCUGCAGAACGUCCUGCCCCAGAUCAAGGCCCACCAGGAGGCCUGGGUGGAGAAGCCCUGCUAUGGGAAGCCCCUGGAGGAGCACCUGUCCAUCAGUGGCAGGGACAUCGCCUUCCCCAUCGAGGCGUGUGUGACCAUGCUGCUGGAGUGUGGCAUGCAGGAGGAGGGCCUGUUCAGGGUGGCCCCCUCGGCCUCUAAACUGAAGAAGCUGAAAGCCUCUCUGGACUGCGGGGUCCUGGACGUGCAGGAGUACUCGGCCGACCCCCACGCCAUCGCAGGUGCUCUGAAGUCAUACCUGCGUGAGCUUCCUGAGCCUCUGAUGACGUUUGAGCUGUAUGAAGAGUGGAUCCAAGCCUCCAACAUUCAGGACCAAGAUAAGAGGCUGCAGGCCCUGCUCACCGCGUGCGAGAAGCUGCCCGAAGCCAAUGGAAACAAUUUCAGAUAUUUGAUCAAGUUCCUGGCCAAGCUAAACGAGCACCAGGACGCAAACAAGAUGACCCCCGGCAACAUCGCCAUCGUUCUGGGGCCCAACCUGCUGUGGGCCAACACCGAAGGGAACAUCACGGAGAUGAUGACCACCGUGUCCCUGCAGAUCGUGGGCAUUAUCGAGCCCAUCAUCCAGCAUGCUGAUUGGUUCUUCCCUGGAGAGAUCGAGUUCAACGUGACUGGUAACUACGGCAGUCCUGUCCACACCAACCACAACGCCAACUACAGCUCCAUGCCAUCGCCGGACAUGGACCACGCCGACCGCAGGCAGCACGAUCAGGGCCGCCGCCCCCUCAGCGUCGCCACGGACAACAUGAUGCUGGAGUUCUACAAGAAGGACGGCAUCAGGAAGAUCCAAAGCAUGGGCGUGAGGGUGAUGGACACGUCUUGGGUGUCCCGCAGGGGCUCGUCCGUAGUGCGUAAGACGUCCUCCACCCCCCCGAGCGUGCAGCCCCCCGCCCCGCCCGCCGACUCGCUCAUCCCCGAGCAGCCGGGCGAGCUGUCCGCCUCCCCCUCCCCCACGCCUCCUCCCGCUAGCGGAGAUCGCGGCAGCUCGGAUGAUGCUUCGUCGUCCAAUUGGUCGGACUCCUGUUACGUCUACCCUUCCCCAGAGGAAGAGAGACCGCCCCCUCCCUACCCCGCAACCUCUUCCUCCUCCUCCUCCUCCUGCUACCCCCCUCCCUACCAUUUCUACCCCAAAGCACAGCCCUGCUCCAGGCCCGUAGCCCCCGGGCCCGAAUCCGUGCCCCCGGGUCCUUCCCCUCCCCCCUCUGACUGGACCGUCCACGCCUCCCCCCUCCCGCCUCCGUCCUGCCCCCCCUGCCAGCAGUUGGACAUCAACUCUAACCCCAAACCCGGCUCCCUGCACAACCCCAAACAGGGCGCCCCCUCCGAGCCCCCGCAUGCCCUCCCGUCCGAAACUAACGUCUCACCCCUCUACAUCAAAACCCCACUGGCCCUAACCCGACACGACCCGUCCAUCUGCAACCCCCCUAGCCUCCCCCCGUUCGCCCCCUCGCAGUGGGCCACAGGUGCCUGUAGCCGAGACAGAGGACCCACCCUGACUAGUACGUUGAAGAACAAAGAGUUGUCUCCUGUGAUUGGGCAGAAGGCUGUCCAGAUUGUGGGUCCUUCGACCAAUAGCGGCCAGGCCAAUGACCAGAGCCCUCUCUCCCUACGCAAAGCAAACAAAAAACUGGCCCCCACCCCGCCAAAGGUGGGUCAGUCUGGGGGGGUGUCGGACCAAUCGACAGGUCAGCCCUCUCCGGUCAGCCUAUCGCCCACCCCUCCUAGCACCCCCUCCCCGUACGGAUUCAGCUACCCCCAGGGGUACGCAACCAUCGCCUCCCCGGGAGGGGCCUCGUCGGGGACCACCGCCUCCCUGUCCUCCCCCCCGUCCCUGUCCGGCACGCUCACCAAAUCCCGACCCACCCCCAAACCCCGGCAGAGGCCAAGCCUGCCCCCGCCCCAGCCGCCCAGCACCCCCGGACUGCCCAGCUCUUCCCCCCAGCCUCUGGAGCACGGCCUACUGGAUGGACUGUCUCCUGGGGAGAGCAUGAGCACAGAUUUUCCCUUCGACCUGGAAAUUCCCACCAUCAGUGUGGAACUGGACGGGCUGCUGGACGAACCCUUGGGCGACCCCGACAGGAACUCUGUGGCGGUGGCAGACCCCCCCGGCAAGACCGAGCCUGAGGAGGAUACUGAGAUCACAGCACUAUGACACCAUGACAUGCCCCGCCCCCCUGUUCCCUGGCCCCGCCCCCUGCCCCAAUGCCCUGAUGCUCUACCCCCCCCCCCCCU